GGUAUUCGAGUAGAACACACAUAUACAAAGUCCAUUCAACGGUUUCACCUCGAUCAUCAGUGAGUUUGAACUCAAGCGGGCAGUGUAUGGUGUGAUCAUCCGAGAGCACUCGUCCAAUUAAAAGUUAUAUUUGAACAAUCCUGUAUAAUACCUGUAUUUACACCUAAUAUUAUAUAACUGUCGUCUGUCAUUUGCCAUUGUGAUUGCUUCGAUUAGUGUCGUAGUGGUGGUGUAAUCUGUGGCCGCCUCCAGGUCCAUCUGCUCUCCGUAUCUCGCUCCCUAAUGCUACUCACGCCCCUCUGCAUAUCCAGCGCCACACAAGUCAUCCCUGAAUUUUAGUGUAACACAAAUAAAAGUGUCAGAACUCUAAUAGAAUGUUGCAGUUAGUCACGGCUGUUUUGCUUCUUGUAAGCUCAAUUAUUACUGUGAGUGUUGGUCACAUUAGUGGUGCACGUCAUGUUUUGGACGAAGUUCCUUUAAUUGAUGGCCACAACGAUUUCCCUUAUAAUAUUUUCUCGUUGGAACACAACAAUUUGGAUAAUUUUGAUUUUACGCAAAAUUUGACCAAUAAUCCUAAAUGGGGCAGUUGUACUUCUUGUUACACGGAUUUGCCGAAAUUACGGAAAGGAAAAGUUGGUGCCCAAUUUUGGGUCGCGUAUGUCGCUUGCAAUACGCAAUAUCGUGACGCUGUUUCGAAAACAUUGGAACAAAUAGAUGUAAUUAAACGUUUGGUGAAGAAAUAUCCCAAGGAUUUACAAUUCGUUACUGAUUCCGAUGGCAUUAUGGACGCUUUCCGUCAGGGAAAAAUUGCGAGUAUGAUUGGUGUCGAAGGAGGACAUUCAAUGGACGCACGAGUCGGUGUGCUAAGAAUGUUGUAUGAAUUAGGAGCGCGUUACAUGACUUUGACUCACACUUGCCAAACACCUUGGUAUGGAUGCCAAACAAAUUUCGAAAUCUUUAUUAUAAUAACUACUUUAAAUUUCAGGGCAGAUAGUUCUUUCGUUGACAUUAAAGAGCCGAUCCACAAUUUGACCGAGUUUGGACGGGCGUUGGUAAGAGAAAUGAACCGAAUGGGGAUGAUGGUUGAUUUGUCUCAUGUGUCCCACAACGUCAUGAACCAAGCAAUAUCGGAAAGUCGUGCCCCGGUUAUAUUUUCGCAUUCAUCUGCGUGGGAGGUGUUUAAUCAUCACAGGAAUGUGCACGAUGAUACGUUGAAAAUGGUUCAAAUGAACAAUGGCAUUGUAAUGGUUAAUUUUUAUCCGGAUUUUAUCACCGCUACACCGGAAAAGGCAACCAUUCACGAUGUUAUGAAACAUAUCAAUCAUAUCGCCAAGGUCGCGGGGCAUGAUCAUGUUGGAUUAGGUGGGGAUUAUGAUGGUGUAAAUCGUAUGCCAAAGGGAUUAGAGAAUGUAUCCAAGUAUCCCAAUCUUUUAGAUGCUUUGGCUCUGGAACAACCAACGGUUUGGACACAUGAAAAUUUGGCGAAAUUAGCGGGAGGCAAUUUAAUUCGCGUAUUCAAGGAUGUUGAAUUGGUUCGUGACCAGUUGGAAGAUGAAGAACCUUUACAGGAUUGGAUUUCUAAGGAAGAUUUAUUGAAAGUCGAAGAGUUGAAUCUUCUGAAACAAUGUCGCACAUUCUUUGAUGAUGAAGAACUUGUGAAGAAACCGUAAACUGUAGCUGUGAAUUCGUUGUUCAUUAAAGUUUCAUCAAAAUAUAAA